CCCCGCCCGCCUGCCUCCCUAGCUCUCCACAUGCUGGCUUUGUCAGGGCUCAGUCUCUGCAGCUGUGGCCAGCAGAAGAGGAGGGCGCUGCCAGGGAGGCAGGACCACCCACAAGACCCCAGGCGGGGCCCAUCAGGCCCUGGAAGUACAGCUCGGCUCUUGACAUCUGCUUGUUGCCCUCUGGGACCCAGUGGAGCUCCUGCGGAAGCUGUCCCUCUGAAAGUGUGCCAGCCUCCAAGGUUGCCUGCUCAGGGCAACAGAAGGCACGGACUCCUCCUGUUUGUUUUAAAAUGACUUUCAUUCCCAAAGGAAGUCGUACUUUCUAAACAGCUCUACUUCCAGUGGUCUGGGCAGGAGAUUCCCAGUAGACUACUGUUCUAGUCUCUUUUGGGCAGUCCCAGGAGGAAGAGGGCAUCUGUCUCUGACAGCUUCAUUGGGCAACAGUGUUGGCUAACAGGAAGCCGGCAGCCUCCUAGCAGAGCCCAGUGAGUUUGGCCGUGAAGAUGGAAUUGGGUAGGAACUCUUCGACUCCCCAAGACGCCAUUGCCCCUCCUGGGGUUCUUGGUGCUGGGCCCAGAAGCUCCCCACUGGGGAAGCUUCAAGCACUUCCCAUUGGGCCAGGUGCCCACCGAGGGGCUCCCAGCAGCCCAGCUUCAGCAGGGGACAGCUCUUUGGGGGAGUCAAGUGGUGCCAUGAAGAUCCCCAACAGGGACAGUGGGAUUGACAGCCCAUCCUCCAGUGUGGCCAGUGAGAACUUUCCCUGUGAAGAGGGAAGUGGGGGCUCCCCAGGCCCUGCCAUACUGGGGCUACACUCUGAGACAGCUGUGGACGGCCAGGUCCCACAAGACACCCCCCAGGAGGAGGAAGAUAGUGGCAUGGGUGAGGAACCUGACCCUAAGAUCAUCCCUUCCGGGCCAGAGGAGAAUGUCAGCUUGACUCAGUGCUCUGACCCACAGAAGCUGCUGCACAUUGCUCAGGAGCUCCUGCACACAGAGGAAGCCUACGUGAGGCGUCUGCACUUGCUGGACCAGGUCUUCUGCACCAAGCUGACAGAAGCGGGGAUCCCUCCAGAAGUCACCACGGGUGUUUUCUCUAACAUCUCUUCCAUCUACCGUUUCCACGGGCACUUCCUCCUGCCCGAGUUGAAGAAGAGGAUCACAGAGGAGUGGGACACAAACCCUCGCCUUGGAGAUAUCCUGCAGAAACUGGCUCCAUUCCUGAAGAUGUACGGAGAGUACGUCAAGAACUUUGACAGGGCAAUGGGGCUGGUGAGCACAUGGACCCAGCGCUCUCCGCAGUUUAAGGACGUCAUCCACAGCAUUCAGAAGCAGGAGGUGUGCGGGAACUUGACGCUGCAGCACCACAUGCUGGAGCCUGUGCAGAGGGUCCCCCGCUAUGAGCUGCUGCUCAAAGACUACCUGAAGAGGCUCCCCAGGGAUGCCCCAGACCGGAAGGAUGCUGAGAGGUCCCUGGAGCUCAUCUCCACAGCUGCUGACCAUUCCAAUGCUGCCAUUCGGAAGAUGGAGAAAAUGCAUAAGCUCCUGGAGGUGUAUGAGCAGCUGGGUGGGGAAGAGGACAUCGUCAACCCAGCCAAUGAGCUGAUCAAGGAGGGCAACAUCCAGAAAUUGUCAGCCAAGAAUGGCACCACUCAGGACCGACACCUCUUCUUGUUCAACAAUGUGAUGCUCUACUGUGUACCCAAACUAAGGCUGAUGGGCCAGAAGUUCAGUGUACGGGAGAAAAUGGACAUCUCUGAUCUCCAGGUGCAAGAUACUGUGAAACCAAAUGCAGCACGCACAUUCAUCAUAACAGGAAGAAAAAGGUCCCUGGAGCUUCAGACUCGGACAGAAGAAGAGAAGAGGGAAUGGAUUCAGGUUAUUCAGGCCACUGUGGAGAAGCACAAACAGAAGAGUGAGACCUUCAGGGCCUUCAGCGGUGCCUGUAGCCUGGAUGAGGAGCCCGGCCUGUCCCCAGACCAGCCUAUCAUGAGUGCCAGCUCUGUGGAAACUGCAGGGGUAGCCGACAGCAAUGGGGGGACUGCAGGGAUCGAGUCCAGAAAGUUGUCCUCUAAAACAAGACGUGACAAAGAGAAGCCUGGGUGUAAGAGCUGUGGUGAGACCUUCAACUCCAUCACCAAGAGGAGGUAUCGCUGCAAGCUGUGUGGCGAGGUCAUCUGUAGGAAGUGCUCCGAGUUCAAGGCUGAGAACAGUAAGCAAAGCCGUGUCUGCCGAGAGUGUUUCCGGGAAGAGCCCUUGGUCCCUACAAGCCCUAGCUCUGGGACGCCCACUGAGCUCAAACAGAAUGCAGAGAAGCCUCCCUCUGCGGAACCUCGGCCCAGCCUGCUCUGCGGCACCCUGCGUCUGUCAGACAAUGGUACAACAUGGCGUGAAGUGUGGGCAGACAUCCCUGAGUCAGAUCCUCAGGUGCUAGACCUGCUGGCAGGCAGCCAGGCUGGCAGACUGCUGCAUACCAUCCCUCUCUCUGGCUGUACUGUAACGGUGCCCGACCCUGAGGAGGGGCUGGAGGCAGGGUGUGUGUGGAAGCUGCAUCGGGGCCCACAGACCUGGUGGCUGAGCGCCUCCUCCACACAGCUGCAGCGGUGUUGGCUGGAAGUUCUGAGCACUGCUGCCUGUGGGGACAGGGCUGGGGACAGACCAGGUGCCUCGCAGCCCCAAGCCUCGGCAAGCACCGACACUCCAUGAUCAGAGCCUCCUACUGUCCUUUCCAUUAUUGUGUGUGCCCUGUGUUCUUUUUGGGUGACCUUAGAAGUCACAUGAAGGAAUGAAGGACUCCCGGGACUGCUGAGGAUGGACGGAUGGCCCAGGGAAGAGUAGCAGUGGGCCCAAGAUCACUCCACAAGUCUCAUACACGAGUUGGGCUCUGGCUCCAGCCCCAGCAUUGUGGUCAGAGCAGAGGAGAAGAAUGGCCACUACAAAGCAAAUAUCAUCUCAGCCCUCAAAGGCACAAGGAGGCCAGGGGGGCACCACCCAGCUGUGAUCAUGUCUAACCUGAUGUAACAUCACUCUGGGAAAGGCAGAGAUGUCUGACCUGGCCUUUGUCCAUCUAUCCACUGUGUGAGCUGGACCACGACCUGAGUGCCACUCCUCUGACCUCCACUCCUACACUCUGCUCUCUCCUGAAGCAUUGCUCAUCUACUCUUCUUGCUGAGCCCUUGAAGGGAAAGGAGCAAGGACCUUCUCAUCCUACCAUUCCCAUACAGCCACACUCGGAGACUGUGAGGAGGCCGGCCCUCACCCCUGUGUGGCAGGUUUGUGAGAUUUCAGACUGGCUCCUCUAGGGGCAGGUGCCAUGCUUGCCAGUGUAAAUAAAUGCUGGCCAUCAGUUUCAGGACCUUCAAGUGCACUCUUCACAGGAUUCCCCUAAGCCAGGUGGCUAGCAGAGGGAUGGUGGGUAAAGGUGACAAAAUGGCACGGACCACACUCUUGUCUGGGAGAGCAGUUCUGUAUCCCAGAUGCUGUAGGGAGUGGGUGAGAAGCUAAGCCAUAUGGCAGGGUGAGGGUGCUGGCAGUCAAGUUGUGGGGAUGUGACAAAGGUCGUGGGGUUCAGGGUGUUCUUGCCUCUGGAGGAGUAGGAAAUUUGGAGAACAGUGAUGGAGUUUUGGUUCUUCAGGAUUCCUGAACUCUAGCAUCAGCACAGCACUGUGUGGGGACAGCUGGGCAGGCAUAAGGGCAACUACCUGGUGAGAUGAGGGGAUGCAGAGCUAGAAAUGGGUGCUGGUUAUAGGGAACACUGGGAAGCUUAGAUGAAGUGGGGCCUCAGGUGAGAUGGGGGCUCAGGUAAGGUAGGAUGGGGUAAAAGUAAAGUGGGUUGGAGCAGAAGUGAGUUGGAAGGGGCAGAGGUAAGAUGUGUGGAGCAGGGGUGAGAUGGACAGGAUACAAGGGUACAGGUGAAGUGUCAGAACACAGCUGAGUCUAUGCAAGAGCCAGCUAGACUGGGCAUGGCUGCCUGGGGAUUGCUUGCAAACACCUGGUCCUUUGCUUUGCACUCACUGUGCUGAGCUGAAUGGUCCCACUUCGCCCUGAGGAAACAGCAAAACAAACAGAACACUUGCACACUUGGAGGAAUGAGGCCAGGCUCUUUUAGCUCCUACUCAAGGGAAUGCAGUGAAGACCUUGCCCAGUUCUGGAUGGGACAGUGGUGAAGGUGGUCCGGGGGAAAAGCAACUGAAGGAGGUGCCUUCCUUGGCUCAGCACACUGCGUGGUGGACGUACCGGAUGGACACAAGCCUUCAGGCUCUGGCCAUCCUCUGCUGCUUCCUCCUGCUCAUAGACAUCCUGGCCUUUGCGGUUCAAGGAUUUCAAGUGCCUAUCCUCUGAAGAACCAGAGCCUGAGGAGGAUGCCUCUGUGGAUCCUGCCCCCAGGAUGUGGACUAGUCAGCUUGCAGUUUGGGGGCCCCUGGUGCUACCUGAGCAGAAAGGUGUAUAGGUUACGUUUCUUGUUGCUGGGACAACAUAUUAGACAAGCACCUUACAGAAGCAAGGGUUUGUUUGGCUCACAGUUUGAGGGUACAGUCCGUCAUGAUGGGGGAAACAGGCUGAGGGAGUGCUGGCUGCAUUCUGUCCAGUCAGAGAGCAGGAAGGGAUGAACUGGGGUCCUACCCACUUUCUCCUUCUUAUUUAUUCCUAAGCCGUGGAAUGUUGCUGUUCACAUUCGGGGUGGGUUUUCUCUUCUCAAUUAAACCUUUCUGGAAAGACCCUAA